AUGCUGCAGAGAGCUAGCCGAGCGCCAGUCAUGCAGGUAAACAAAUGGGUGUAUUGGCUGUCUCGUUACGCACCACUGUGGCACAUCCCGUAGGUACCGGCACUGGCACCACGAGAUACCUACGGUACUUGUUGUUUUAACUUGAAGUUUCAAGUAUUCCCCGUGGGAUGCUGACACACUAGACUGACACACCUGUACGUGUUUCCUUGGUUCUUUGUUUAUAUAUUGCUGCCACCAAGCCUGAACCGGCGCACUCGAUGGGUCCAACUUGAACCCGCCCCCACAUUUCGAGGGCCCUUUGACUCGCCGGAACUUGAACUUGAAACUUGAACACGCCAACGUCCACACUGUUGGCAAUCGAGAGAUCAGCGGCGCCCUUGUUCACACGCAGGUGUUGCACCUCCGUGGUGCUCCGGAGCCACGGAUUGACGGCC